AUGGCAUCAGAGACAACACCGCUCCUGAGGGAGACUCAAGAUCCCGAGGUGACGAGCGACGAUACCGAUACCGCCUCGACCGACAGCGGCAGCUCGAGCGUCUUCGUCUCCCAGGCCGACACCUCGCUAGUCUUGGCCACGUAUGCCCCCAUCGCCUCCGAGUUCAACGACUUUGACAAGGCCAGCUGGCUGCUCUCGAGCUACAUGCUGGCCAUGUGCGUCGCCCAACCCCUUUACGGCAAGCUGAGUGACAUCUUUGGGCGCAAAGCUCUCUUGCAGGUAUCCUAUGCGCUAUUCGCGGUGGGCAGCGGCUUAUGCGGGAUAUCCCGGUCCAUGGGCGAGCUCAUUGCCUCACGAGCCCUACAAGGCGUCGGUGGAGCCGGCAUGGUGUGUCUCGUGUCCAUUCUGAUCACUGACAUCUGUCCCAUGAGGGACGUGGCCUCUUACAGAAGCUAUAUAAACGUGGUGCAGACAGUCGGGAGGUCGUCCGGGGGUGCCAUCGGCGGCCUGCUAGCGGACACCAUCGGCUGGCGAAGCACGCUCGCGGGCCAAGCACCCAUCACACUGAUUGGCAUGGCGCUUGUUGCAUGGAAGCUCCAUCUGCCUGCGGAGAGUCGUACAGAAUCACCCGAUGACAGCCUGCACAACGUCAAGGGCACGCUCGUCUCCAAGCUGAGGCGGGUGGACGUUGGGGGAGCAUUGCUUCUCAGCACCACGAUACUGCCCAUCCUCUUUGUGCUGGAUGCGGGCGGCACCGAGUUUGCGUGGCUGUCCCCGACGACGCUCGUGCUUCUCCUUGUCGCUCUGCUGAGCGGCCUUUUUUUCAGCCUCGUGGAAACGAGGUACGCUGCGGAACCAAUCUUCCCUCUGCGCCUGCUCUCCAACCGGGCCGUGCUGGUGUCAUACCUUGGUCUGGCGCUGCAGAACGCCUCGCAGACUGCUGUCAUGUUCCUCACACCGCUCUACUUUCAAGUGGCCAAAGGCGCCAGCACCGCCGAGGCGGGAACCUACAUGGUCCCGUCGGUCCUCGGGAACACGGCGGGCGGCCUGGCCACGGGCCUGCUCAUCCGCCGGUACGGCCGCACCAAGUACUUGCUUUUCCUGUCCGCGCUGAGCUCUAUGCUGUGCUUUUCUCUCCUCCUGCUGGUCUGGACGGGCCGGAACCCUGGCGGCUGGCAGUCCAUCCUCGUGUUCCCCGGCGGCGUGGCAACGGCCAUGGCGCACUCGGUCGUCUUUGUUGUCGUGGCCGCCGGCGUGUCGGAGGCGGACAUGGCCAUUGCCGGGUCCGGUCUGUACCUGAGCGGCAGCUUCGGCGGCGUGGCCGGCAUCUGCGGCGUGAGCGCUCUGUUCCAGGCGCACGUCUCCCGCGGGCUUGUGCACCGCCUGAUACGGCCGGGCAUUCCCCGCGGCGGCGAGAUCAUGCGACGGGUGCUCGGGGAUGUCACGUCCAUCUGGCGGCAGCCGGAGGAGAUUCGUAACCUUGUCAUUGAUGCCUACGUCGACGGCUUCAGGGCAUCUUUUGUCCUGUGCCUCGCGUUCGGAGGGCUCUGCUUGGUGCUGUCUGUUCUUUCACCGGAAAAAAGACUUGUGUAG